AUGAUACCAAACAAAGUUGAGAGCACAGAUGGCGACGAAAACGAAAAGCGCGGAAAUUGGUCUAAUCAGUGUGACUUCUUUUUGUCUUGUCUUGGCUACGCUGUCGGCCUUGGCAACCUGUGGCGCUUCCCUUUCUUGUGCUUUAAGAACGGAGGCGCCGUGUUUCUGAUUCCAUACGCAAUAUGUCUCUUAUUAAUCGGAAUGCCAUUGUUUUUGCUGGAACUGUACCUCGGACAGUUCUCCAGCAGUGGAACACUAACCGUGUGGAGAUUCUCACCCAUGUUUAAAGGAGUCGGGAUAGGUAUGAUGGUGACUUCGUCACUGAUUGCAAUCUACUAUAACAUCGUGAUGGCCUGGGCGCUGUAUUACCUAUUUGCUUCCUUCACCAGUAAACUUCCUUGGCAGGACUGCGGAGACUGGUCGUCUGACACGUGUAUCACCAAGCUUCCAGACAUCUCAGGCUGUAACGCAACUCUCCAGGAAGUAGCUUACCCCAAUGGCACGUGUUACAACGCCAACGGUACUCUGCUGGGGGUCUAUAACGACACAUUGCUGAAACAGUACAAUAUUACACGAUCUUCAGCCGCGGAGGAGUAUUUCUUUAACACGGUGCUUCGAGUGGGGACGGGCUUGGAUACAUUCAGCGACCUGACCGGUAUUAGCUGGCAGCUCAGUCUGUGUCUCCUUCUUGCCUGGAUUAUCGACUUCUUCUGUUUGUUCAGAAGUGUGAAAUCAUCAGGAAAGGUUGUAUAUUUCACAGCCAUAUUCCCAUAUGUGGUGUUGUUAAUACUGUUGAUUCGCGGCACUAUGCUGCCAGGCUCUCGUAGCGGCGUGGAAUGGUACAUCGCCAAGGCAGACGUCAGUAAACUAAAGGAUCCUGAAGUAUGGUUAGAUGCCAUUACGCAGAUAUUUUUCUCCCUGGGAGCAUCUCUUGGUGGACUUCACGCACUCUCUAGCUAUAAUAAGUUCCACAAUAACUGCCUGAGGGACGCCAUCGCCGUUUCGAUUGGAAACUGCCUGACAAGCGUCUUUGCGGGUUUCGUGGUGUUUUCUUACGUGGGCUACAUGGCAGAGCUGCAAGGAGUAGACAUCGGUCACGUUGCAAAAGGAGGACCGAGUUUGGCGUUCGUCAUUUGGCCGUCAGCAGUGGCUACCAUUCCUGUUUCGCCCCUGUGGUCCAUUCUGUUGUUCUUCAUGCUAAUUACACUUGGCUUGGACAGUCAGUUCACCCUGUUAGAAACAGUCUUCACUGGUUUGUUAGAUGCAUUUCCCAAAGUACGUAAACACAAGGUCUGGGUUCAUCUGGCUGUUUGCUUAGUUCUCUUUGGACUUGGUCUUCCUAUGUGUGCCAAGGGUGGCUUGCAUUUGCUGGACUAUGUGGACAGCGCCAUCAAUGGAUGGCCAAUGGUCAUUCUUGGACUGACUGAGUUGAUAGCAGUGGCAUGGGUAUACGGGGCCUACCCGAGGUACAAAGUCAUAUUUUUGCGCGCCAUCGAGGACAUGAAAAUUAUGCUGGCAGACAGUCCUCUCUUGAAG